CUCAUAAUCUUACCACAUCAAUUCUCUCAAACUCUCUCUCUCUCUCUCUCUCUCUCUCUUUCUACUAUUACAGAGUCAGACUCCUAAGUUAGGUGAAGAAGAAGAACAAUGACGAAAGAAGUUGUUGGAGAGAAGGGAUCCUUCUCAGGCAAAGAUUAUCAAGACCCACCCCCUGAGCCUCUGUUCGACGCUACUGAGCUUGGGAAAUGGUCUUUCUACAGAGCUCUCAUCGCUGAGUUCAUAGCCACUCUCCUCUUCCUAUAUGUCACCGUUAUGACUGUCAUUGGUUACAAGAGCCAGACCGAUCCAACCCUUAGUCCAGACCAGUGUGCAGGUGUUGGAGUCCUCGGCAUCGCUUGGGCCUUUGGUGGCAUGAUCUUCAUCCUUGUCUACUGCACUGCUGGGAUCUCUGGUGGACACAUAAAUCCGGCGGUGACGUUUGGGCUGUUGCUGGCAAGAAAAGUUACGUUGUUGAGAGCAGUAAUGUACAUGGUGGCUCAGUGCCUUGGUGCCAUUUGCGGUGUGGCUUUGGUUAAGUCCUUCCAGUCUUCUUACUACACCCGCUACGGUGGCGGGGCGAACGGUCUCUCAGAUGGUUAUAGCGUCGGCACCGGUGUUGCCGCCGAGAUCAUCGGUACAUUCGUCUUAGUCUACACUGUCUUCUCUGCCACUGACCCCAAGAGGAGUGCGCGCGACUCUCACGUCCCUGUAUUGGCUCCAUUGCCAAUUGGAUUUGCGGUGUUCAUAGUUCACUUAGCUACAAUCCCAAUCACGGGCACUGGCAUUAACCCUGCAAGAAGCCUCGGAGCUGCAAUCAUCUACAACAAGGACCAAGCUUGGGACCAUCAUUGGAUAUUUUGGGUGGGUCCGUUUGCGGGUGCAGCCAUUGCUGCUUUCUACCAUCAGUUUGUGUUGAGGGCUGGUGCGGUGAAGGCGCUCGGGUCUUUCAGGAGCCAGUCUCGCGUUUAACUUAGAUUCUCCCUCACUUAUCAAAGAGAGUAGCGAGAAGACAAUAAAAAGCGGCUUUUUAUGUAAUGUAGAUGGUUGGAAUCUAGUGACAUGUAGUAUCUUAGUUCUAGCUUUGGUGAAGAGAGGUUUUGAGUGUGACUUGUGGGUCAACUUUGAAAUGCUACUUCUCUUAUAUCUAUGUCUACUCCUUAGCCUUAUGUUGCUCUAUGUUUUUACUAGUUUUCUGAAUUCCGCAUAAUAAACUUUCCACGUAUUGAGUGUAAACGUCUCCCUAUGUCUACACGUGGAAGACUAGGCUUAAGAAAAUAUUAUUACUACAUUUUAGUGUUUCUUCAAGAA